CCAUAUUGCACGGGAACGGGAGCUGCAGAGCUUCCUGUCGACGGUUUUUUGACGUUUACGUUUCAACUUUUUUUUGUUUUAUAAACCGUGUUUUGCUAGUAAACGGGUACAACGUGCUCCCGCGUGAAGACUGUUGAAUCUCCUACUCCAACAUGGCCUCUCGCAAGAAGGUGCUCUUGAAGGUGAUCAUCCUGGGAGACUCGGGUGUGGGGAAGACCUCCCUGAUGAAUCAGUAUGUCAAUAAGAAGUUCAGCAACCAGUACAAAGCGACAAUUGGGGCAGAUUUUCUCACCAAGGAGGUCAUGGUGGACGACAGGCUGGUGACCAUGCAGAUCUGGGACACAGCCGGUCAGGAGCGGUUCCAGUCGCUGGGCGUUGCCUUUUACCGUGGUGCGGACUGCUGCGUGCUGGUGUAUGAUGUGACAGCGCCCAACACCUUCAAGACGCUGGACAGCUGGAGGGAUGAGUUCCUGAUUCAGGCCAGCCCUCGUGACCCAGAGAACUUCCCCUUUGUGGUACUGGGCAACAAGAUUGAUCUGGAGAACAGGCAGGUAACGACAAAGCGUGCCCAAGCCUGGUGCCAGAGUAAGAACAACAUCCCGUACUUUGAGACAAGUGCCAAGGAGGCCAUCAAUGUGGACCAGGCCUUCCAGACCAUUGCACGCAAUGCUCUCAAACAGGAGGCCGAAGUGGAGACAUAUGACUUCCCUGAGCAGAUCAAACUGCGGGAUGACAAACCGGCUGCCGCUAGCGAGGGAUGCAGCUGCUGAACACUAGGACAGUAUGAGGGUAUAAGUGAGAAGAGCUUCCUGCUGAGGUGGGUGGGGCAGGGCCUAGCAGUGUGCAGGAUGCCCCGCCCCCCUGGUACAUUUGUUUAAUUUUGCUGCGAACAAGACCUUGAAGUGGGGGAAAAAAACACCCUUUCUCUCGAUUCUAUUAGACUGAAUAAUCUGGACCUUUUUGCCAAGAUCCGGGUUCAAAAGGGGCUCAACCCCCAGCCCAAAGCCGACGAUUGACAGUGCUGGAAAUGUUGAUAACGGUAACUCCAGCUACAUCCAUGAUUACUGUGAUUCGUACCUGUUUUUCCCCAUUAUUUUUGUAACACUUUAGGAGACCGCCAUUCCUACAGUAUUGUACUACAGUAUUGUACUUGGGUCUGAUCCUCUUCCAGUCCACAUGCCUUCACGUCUUUCAUUUUGGAGAUUUUAAUUGUUGCUGCGGGUAUUGUGGCAUCACCAUUCGCAAGAGGUUGCCUUAAGACCUGCAGACGAUCCUGUUUUUUUUUUUGUUUACUACAGUAACACAUCUGUAGUGCUCUUAGUCAAACGUAUGUUUGACUUUGCGUGCUGCUUGCACAUUUAUAUGUGUUCUUAGUUGACCGCUAUCAAACGAGAGGUUAUUACAGAGGUUAGGUGUGGAAUGUAAGAAUGUAUGCCGUGGUGGGUUGGUUGGUGGUUUUGGGCUGAAUCUGAUAUUAACCUCUGGGGUGAAUUGAGGACCUGUACAGUUCACUGUUCACACCUUAGCGGUUUUCACACACAGAUGUUCAUCUCAGGUGAAACUUUUUGCACAGGGAACCACUGCCCCCUUGUGGAUGUAUGACAGAUGAUGCCAGUGUAGGAUUGAUCACUUGGUCUGACUCAGUUAAACCUCCUUAUGUUGCCAGUGUUUGGGCGAGUGCAUCAUUCCAUGUGGACCAAGCCUGUCUGCUUUCAAUACCUACAGGUGGAAUUUCUCAGCUUAGGAAGAUCGAAAGUUUUGUUUUGUAAUUUAUUCUCCCCAGGUUUGAGUUUAAUACACCCAUCUUAUUUUCACUCUAUUGCCCAGUUUCUGCAGACUUAGCCCCCCUGCCUUCUUCCUUCCUUCCCUCUGUCCUCUUUCACUUCUUCCUUUGAGUGAGCAGCCGCAGCGUGCACUUUGACUUUGAUAAGCAGUGAAAAGAGGCGGUCACAAUCUGGUCUCUUCACUUUGAAUUUUCACAGGCCAACCAGGUCUGCUGGGUUCACUGUUGUUUUGACACCAACUCUUGGUCGUGCAGAUGAAAGAGCAAAUGGACAAUCUGCACGGACUCUUACUGCGUGAGCUGUGAACACAGACGCCUUUGUAUAUUAACAUUAGUGUAAAAGUAUAUUUGAAAAUGUAUAUGAAAUCCUGCUCUGAUUUUAUAUUUCUGUUAGUCAUUUAAAUUACAUAUCUAGAUAGGAACUGUCCAAUUUCAACACAAGAUUAAAUAAAAGGUACCUUGAUGAUACCGAUUUUCAUAUGUGCCUUACAUUUUUCACCCAUGCUGCCCUUGUCCUUAUGUGUGGGUUAAAUUAAUAAUGUUCCAUUCUGAAAUGAAAUUUUAUUCUACCAUUUACCAUCUUCCUAGUAGGAAGGCAGUGUUCUAAUUCAGUGAAAUGUGAAAGUGAAAGAGGGGAACUGGCUGUU